AUAUUCCUCCAUACACACUAGGCGGAGAGAGUGAGGAAACACGCAGAACAGGAAUCGAAGCCGGGCAAAAUUCAUGAAUUUUCACAAAAUAAUUUUUUCUCAGGAUCUAGACCGCCAAUAAUGAUUUAAUUCCUUUCUCCUGAUCCAAGAUCUUCACUUUUGUAGUCUUCCGUUUUGUUUUUCGCGCUAAUAUCGCUUGAAUAACAAGGAAGAAGAAGAUACCAUACGCUCUUUCGAUAAAUGGAUAUUGUUCUUCGAGUCCAGAUUGCAGGAAUACCUCAAAAAAGUGCUAUCGACGAUAGACCUUGAAGAGAAUCCAAGGAAAGACUUUUUGUAAAUCGGAAUCGUUAUUAGUUUACCCGAAUCAGCGAAGAUAAUUCGAAUUGUUUUGUGGAAGUUUUGAAAGAUUUUGCUUGCAUGUACUCCUUUUCAUCCAUUUGUUUGCUUUGGUUAGUAAGAAUUUUCCACGAUUGAAUUUUGGUCCCCAAGUGAAAUUUUAGAUGUGGUUCAGUUUUGAGCGUCUUAUCCACGAAUUUAGAGCGUAGGUCUAUAAGGUCACUUGUUGCAGAAGCUAUAUUCACCAGAUUUUAUCAGAUGCCAUGACUUUGGGUUCUCCCAAAGCUUCUUCUCCUGCAAUGGCGGCGUUUCCGCGAAGACUCUCCUCUAUUGUUGUUUCUGUGGGCGGACUGGCAGUUUUCUUGGUUUUAGCUUCCUGGCUUCUUAUCUCAAACCCAAUUGGUUCUUCCGUUGCUAGUUCCAAGAAACUAGAUUUCCCAAUACCUCUAGUCAAUUAUAGUAAUAAGGAUCCUCGUAUCAAUGCGGAAAUCGUUGAUAGGAGUUCCCCUUCUGGGUCUAGAUUAGAAUUUCCCGAGAAUUCUACUACUCCUGAUGUUGUCGAGAAUGGCGAAGUGGUAAAGAAGAAUUCUACACCAUCUAACUUGCACGUGCCCAUGAAUUCAGGUGGUUCAUCAGUUAUUUCGGAUGCCGAGGAAAAAUCAGAUCAGAUGCUAACGCAAGAAGAGAAGACCAAGAGUGUUUUUGCUUCUUCCAAUAUCACUGAGGAGGUUGAAAGUGCUAAGUCAUCCAUUUCCAGUUUGGAAACUAAGUCUGGUAUCACAGAUGCAGGAUCUGGUGAUACCGCUGGAAAUAGUUCUUCCAAUGAUUUGAAGUCUACAGAUGUAACCCAGAGCGGUGUUCAAUCAGAUUGUGAUCUGUACCAUGGAAACUGGUUUUAUGAUCCACUUGGACCAUUAUACACAAACAACACAUGUCCUGUCAUAACACAGAUGCAGAACUGUCAGGGGAAUGGCAGGCCUGAUAAGGAGUAUGAAAAUUGGCGGUGGAAGCCAUUUCAAUGUGACCUUCCACGUUUUGAUGGGAAAAAAUUUCUGGAGUUGAUGAGAGGCAAGACGCUAGCUUUUGUUGGUGAUUCAGUUGCUCGAAAUCAGAUGGAAUCAAUGUUGUGCCUUCUCUGGCAGGUAGAAGUUCCCAAAAACCGAGGAAACCGAAAAAUGCAAAGAUGGUACUUCAGGUCGGCAUCUGUGAUGAUUGUCCGGAUAUGGUCUUCUUGGCUUGUCCACCAAACUUCUGAAGCAUUUGAUUUUGCUCCAAAAGGAGUUGUGAAGCUGCAUCUUGAUGUCCCAGAUGAAGGUGUAAUGGAAGCCAUUCCAAAUUUUGACGUUGUGGUUCUUUCUUCUGGCCACUGGUUCGCCAAGCAGUCUGUUUAUAUGUUGAACAAUGAGAUUGUAGGAGGACAAUUGUGGUGGCCAGACAAGUCUCGGCCUAUGAAGGUCAAUAAUGUUGAAGCAUUUGGGAUUUCUGUUGAGUCGAUUCUCACAGCUUUAGUUACUCAUCCCAAUUAUACGGGACUUACCAUUUUGCGUUCAUUCUCACCUGAUCACUACGAAGGUGGAGCCUGGAAUACAGGUGGAUCAUGCACUGGAAAAGUAAAGCCACUUGCCUUGGGGGAAAUAGUAGAAAAUGGCUUUACUCAGAUAAUGCACCAGAAACAGGUAACGGGUUUCAAUCAGGCAAUAAAGCAGGCCACAGGCAAAUCAAAGUUGAGGUUGAUGGAUAUCACUGAAGCAUUUGGUUACCGGCAUGAUGGACAUCCUGGUCCCUACAGGAACCCUGACCCAAAUAAGAUCACAAAACGUGGCCCAGAUGGAAGGCCCCCACCACAGGAUUGCUUACACUGGUGCAUGCCAGGCCCCGUUGACACAUGGAAUGAACUUGUGCUUGAAAUUAUAAGAAGAGAAUAUGAGGGUAACAAAACCUUUUCAUCAUGACGUGAUUGCCUCUGUUUGAAGCAGCUUACUCUUAAUGUAGGAUUUAUUUAUUGUUAGGUUGAGCGUUAGCCUAGUCCAUUUUUUUUAGAGAACUACAGGAUACUUGUAGAGAAGGAUCUAUGUGCUAUAACUAGUGGGAAGAUUACCAAUCAUUGUACUAAAAGAAUUUUUUUUGGUCCUAUUAUUGAUAUCAAAAUGUGUAAUUCAAAAAUAUGUAAUGCAAUUUUGUUUCUGUUCAUAGGAGGGUUAUUAUCUAUUCAUGUUUCAAAUAAAGUAAGAGUUGUUCUAUGAGUUA